CGCGAUAGUUCCCACGGCAGGGCCUCCAACCUCGUGCAGUGUGCUGACCACCUGCCAUGGAGCGUCCGUUGGUCGGAAAAUCCGCCAUGUCAGCUGGUCGUGCGCCGUUUUAUGUGAGAUAUCCCAAGUGGACCAAUGUGUCACUCUUGCUCUUCUACGUGACGGCCGGGUUUGCAUUCUUGACGAUUCAUGAAGGCUUGUGGCCAGAAACUGCAGUAUAUAUGAUCGCGCAGAUCAUCACAACAAUAGGUUAUGGUGAUGCGGUUCGACCAAGCCCGCAUGCUCAAGCGUUUUUGACUGUCUAUGUCCUUGCUGGUGCAUUGAUUUUUACAAAUGUGGCCUCAGAUGCGGUGGACUUUAUGCUUCGCAAAACUCAAAGAGGAGUGGACCGCACAUUGAUGCGGGUCUUGGCAAAAUUGCGAGGUCAAGGAGACGAGCAGCGGGUAAUGCUCAAGCACCACCCUCUUGGAUCAUCAGCGAUUCUUCUUGGUAUGUGUGUCUUCGUGUGGGUGUAUUUCUUUGCAACUUACGAGCGGUGUACGUGUUCCUACGGAACCACGCGCGUCCCGCAUUGUGUGGAUGGCUUGGAAUGCCCUGAAACUGGGGGAUACCAAAGCAGUGUUCACGAGGCCCUGUACAUGGCAGUGAUUACAUUUUCGACGGUUGGCUUUGGAGAUGUGGCUCCUAAGAGCAAGCUCGGGCGGACCCUGGGAAGCGUUUUCAUGGUGCUUGGUGUGGCAUCUCUAGCACUUCUAGUUUCUGAGCUUUUCGUUGUGAUUGACGACCACAAGAACUUCCACAGGAAGCGAGUGCGCUGCACUCUUGAAGUGUUUCAGCAAAUUGACCGGGAUAAAACAGGUCGGAUCAGCAGGAAUGAGUUUCUCCGCUACAUGCUGGUUCGCCAGGGCAAGGUAGAUAUAGACGCGUUGGAUCAGCUGGAUCAGCUGUUUGACGAGAUAGAAGCUUGGCUGCAAUCGGUGCCAGUUUGGCACGGUCACCUCGGUCUUGUUUGUGCCGAGGACAAGAACAAGAAUGGAAAGCUAUCCUUUGAAGAGAUUGAAGGGGUUAUGCUGGACUGACUCGCUUGGCUUUCGCUCAAAAACUGAGCUGCCAUGAUUCUGCCGGCCGUAGCCGAAUUCAACGUAGCUCGAGCGGCACCAACACUGACUAGCAAAGGACAGAGCCAAGGUCUGAAAUGAGGCAUGAGGCAUCAUGAGGCACUAUAUUCUAUACAGACGGAGAUCUACCAUGAUUUACAGGUCUAUAAUACCUAUGAUGAGUUGUACUUACCAGUGGUUAUAUGAAGCCAGGUCGGGGGCUGUUUUCAAAGUGGGCACGCAAUGCCAACAUGGACCAUAUUGAUUCAUAUGGUCUUCCACCACGUCAACUGCUGGUGUUUCAUUGCUCAGGCCUCUUGAGGCCGAUUUCUAGCCCGAAGGAGAAGGAUUAUAUACAUAGUGACAGAGUGAGAAGUCAUCAUCCAUGAGAAGAUGCCUUCUUCUGCGGUUCAACAGAACAUGUUUAUCAUGUUGCACAGCUUUCCCUGUUGCUUGCCUUCAAUCUUCCCGUCCCCUCCACUUCACAACACUAUAUAUUCAGAAAGUAAGAUUCUCCUUCCCGACCAUCUUGGAGUUGCAAACCAGAGCAUCUUGUAUCCAACCCAAGUUCCAGAUGUUUGAACAGCUGUUUGGACCGAAGUCAUUUACUGUAUAAUUAUGUACUGCCAAGUGUAGGUUUAUGUCGGGCACGCCAGCCAUAGAUACAAG